AUGGCUGAUAGCUUGAAAAUUGGAAACCUGUCGCUCAACGACUCGCAGCAUGCUCCCAAUUCCAAUUCCAACUCCAACUCCAACUCUAACUCCACUCCCACCACCACCUCCUCCAACCUGACCUCGUCGGGGCGUGCUGCCUACAUCCCGCCACACCUCCGGCAGCGUAAUAACAUGAACUCCUCCAUGUCCAUGGACGGUGCUGCCCCCCCGCCUUCGGGUCCUACAUCGGGUGCAGGGUCUUGGGGACCUGGAUCUAGGACUUCUGGCUCUUCCCGCAGUGGCAACUGGAACGACUUCCGCAAUGGUAAAACCAGCUGGACUCCCGAUGGUGAAACCCGGCCUUUCGAUCCAAAUGCUUACGGUAACCCAGGUCAUGGUUCCAGUCACGGAGGCUCCUAUGGCGGUAACUACUCCGCCCGGGGAUCCGGUGAUGGACAGUGGCGCGAUGGUAAACACAUCCCAGGACCUCCCAACCCCCGGUUGGAACGCGAGCUGUUCGGCGCUCCCAAUGACCCUUCAAAGCAGCAUACUGGAAUCAACUUCGCCAACUACGACGAUAUUCCCGUCGAGGCGUCUGGUCACAAUGUUCCCGAGCCCGUGAAUGCGUUCACCAACCCGCCCCUGGAUGACCACCUCCUGUCCAACAUCAAGCUCGCCAACUACAAGACCCCCACCCCCGUUCAGAAGUACUCCAUUCCGAUUGUCAUGAACGGCCGCGACUUGAUGGCCUGUGCUCAGACUGGUUCCGGAAAGACCGGAGGUUUCCUGUUCCCUAUCCUUUCGCAGGCUUUCCAGAACGGCCCUUCGCCGGCCCCAGUUCCCCCUGGCGGAAACUUCUACGGUCGUCAGCGCAAGGCCUAUCCCACCUCUUUGAUCCUUGCUCCGACCCGUGAGCUGGUCUCUCAGAUUUAUGAGGAAGCACGCAAGUUCGCCUAUCGCUCCUGGGUCCGUCCCUGUGUGGUCUAUGGUGGUGCGGACAUCGGCUCCCAGCUCCGCCAGAUCGAACGUGGGUGUGACUUGCUUGUGGCCACUCCCGGCCGUCUUGUCGACCUGAUUGAGCGUGGUCGUAUCUCGCUGGUGAACAUCAAAUACCUCGUCCUGGAUGAGGCAGAUCGCAUGUUGGACAUGGGUUUCGAACCUCAGAUUCGCCGGAUUGUCGAGGGUGAGGAUAUGCCCUCGGUGAACAACCGUCAAACCCUGAUGUUCUCGGCUACCUUCCCUCGCGACAUUCAGAUGCUGGCUCGCGACUUCUUGAAGGAUUACGUCUUCCUGUCUGUUGGUCGUGUCGGCUCGACCUCCGAGAACAUCACCCAGCGAAUUGAGUAUGUGGAGGACCACGACAAGCGCUCCGUGCUGCUGGACAUUCUCCACACCCACGGAACCUCUGGUCUCACUCUCAUUUUCGUCGAGACCAAGCGUAUGGCGGAUUCCCUCUGCGAUUUCCUCAUCAACCAGCAUUUCCCCGCCACUGCGAUCCACGGUGAUCGUACCCAGCGUGAGCGUGAGCGUGCUCUAGAGUACUUCCGUAACGGACGUUGCCCCAUUUUGGUGGCUACUGCUGUUGCGGCUCGUGGUCUUGAUAUUCCCAACGUCACGCACGUUGUGAACUACGAUCUACCCACCGACAUCGACGACUAUGUCCACCGCAUCGGUCGUACCGGUCGUGCUGGUAACACCGGUAUGGCCACUGCUUUCUUCAACCGUGGGAACCGUGGUGUCGUUCGUGACCUGAUUGAUCUCCUGAAGGAAGCCCACCAGGAGGUUCCCUCUUUCUUGGAGAACAUCGCUCGUGAAAGCAGUGGAUAUGGAGGCCGUGGAGGUCGUGGUGGCCGAGGCCGUGGAUCCAAUAACACUCGUGACAUGCGCCGCAUGGGUAACAUGGGUGGUGGUCCUCCUUCGUAUGGCGGUGGCUACGGCGGCGGCUACGGCGGUGGCUAUGGUGGCAACUAUGGCGGUCCUCCCUCUUACGGUAACUAUGGCGGCGGCUACGGCAACCCAUCCGGUCCCACCGGUCCAUCCUCCUGGUGGUAA